AUGGAACUUGAUAUGGUACUAUUGCUUGGACUCUGGCUUCUGAAAGUUAUCCAAUGCUUGCCUGAAACAAUACCAAUCGGAGGUCUCUUCCAUCCUGCCGACGACAAACAGGAAAUCGCUUUCCGGUACGCCAUUGAGAAGAUCAACGGCGAUCGCUCCAUCCUGCCGAGAUCGAAGCUCAGCGCUCAGAUCGAGAAGAUUCCACCUCAGGACAGCUUCCAUGCCUCCAAAAAAGUGUGUCAUCUGCUCCGGAUCGGCGUGGCGGCCAUCUUUGGUCCCCAGUCCGCCCACACGGCCAGUCACGUGCAGUCAAUCUGCGACACGAUGGAGAUGCCCCAUUUGGAGACGCGCUGGGACUAUCGGCUCCGCAGGGAGAGCUGCCUCGUCAAUCUGUAUCCCCAUCCCACCACUUUGUCCAAGGCAUAUGUAGAUUUGGUGAAGGCAUGGGCCUGGAAAUCCUUCACCAUUAUCUACGAAAACAACGAGGGGCUGGUGAGGCUUCAGGAAUUGCUGAAGGCGCACGGCCCCUACGAGUUCCCCAUCACAGUGAGACAGUUGGGAGAAGGGUCCGAUUACAGACCAUUGCUGAAGCAGAUCAAGAACUCAGCAGAGUCACACAUCGUGCUGGACUGUUCUACACCAAGAAUAUACGACGUGCUUAAGCAAGCUCAGCAAAUCGGCAUGAUGAGUGACUAUCACAGCUACCUCAUCACUUCUCUGGACUUGCAUGGAGUCAACUUGGAGGAAUUCAAAUAUGGAGGCACCAAUAUCACGGCGUUCCGCCUGAUCGACCCCGAUGGUCCGGAGGUGCAUAAAAUUCUCCGGGACUGGAAUGUGGGCACGACUGACACGCGUAACAGGAAGGGGGAGGCUCCCCCCAUCUAUAGGGAUAAUAAUACGUUCGUGAAGGCAGAGACGGCGCUGAUGUACGACGCUGUUCACUUGUUCGCCAAGGCCCUCCAUGACCUGGACACCAGCCAGCAAAUCGACAUCAAGCCCCUAAGCUGUGACGUGGUCGAUUUCUGGCCGCACGGAUACAGCCUCAUCAAUUACAUGAAAGUGGUGGAAAUGAGAGGACUGACUGGUAUCAUCAAGUUCGAUCACCAAGGUUUCCGAAGUGAUUUCGUUUUGGAAAUCAUUGAGCUCACCAGGGAGGGGCUGAAGAAGAUUGGUACCUGGAACUCUUCGGAGGGUGUCAAUUUCACCAGGACAUACGGGGAGGCUUACACCCAGAUCGUGGAGAUCAUUCAAAACAAAACGUUCGUUGUAACCACUUUGUUGAGCGCCCCCUAUGUGAUGCGCAAAGAAGCUAGCGAGAAGUUGACAGGCAAUGCUCAGUACGAGGGCUACGCUGUCGACUUGAUCCACGAAAUAUCCAGAGUGCUGGGCUUCAACUACACCAUUAGGCUGGUGCCAGACGGCAGGUAUGGAUCCCUCAACAGGGAUACCAAGGAGUGGGACGGACUCAUCAGAGAACUGCUGGACCAAAAGGCGGAUCUGGCCAUUGCCGAUCUCACGAUAACCUACGACAGGGAACAGGCUGUGGACUUCACGAUGCCCUUCAUGAAUUUGGGCAUCAGCAUAUUGUACAGGAAGCCUAUCAAACAGCCUCCCAAUUUAUUUUCGUUCCUAUCUCCCCUAUCGUUGGACGUGUGGAUCUACAUGGCCACCGCCUACUUGGGAGUGUCAGUGUUACUCUUCAUUUUAGCCAGGUUCACCCCGUAUGAGUGGCAGAACCCGCACCCCUGCAACCCCAAUCCCGACCACCUCGAGAACCAGUUCACCCUCUUCAAUUGCAUGUGGUUCGCCAUCGGCUCGCUCAUGCAGCAAGGAUGCGACUUCCUGCCCAAGGCCGUCUCGACUCGCAUGGUGGCCGGCAUGUGGUGGUUCUUCACCCUCAUCAUGAUCUCCUCGUACACGGCCAACUUGGCCGCUUUUCUGACCGUGGAAAGGAUGGACUCGCCCAUAGAGACGGCCGAGGACCUCGCCAAACAGACGAAGAUCAAGUACGGGGCGCUGCGAGGCGGCAGCACGGCCGCCUUCUUCAGGGACUCGAAUUUCUCGACCUACCAAAGGAUGUGGGCCUUCAUGGAAUCCCAGCGACCGUCGGUGUUCACUUCCAGCAACCAGGAGGGCGUCGAACAAGUGGUCAAGGGCAAAGGCAACUACGCCUUCCUCAUGGAAUCCACCUCCAUCGAGUAUGUCAUCGAGAGGAAUUGUGAGCUGACGCAAGUAGGCGGAAUGCUGGACUCGAAAGGAUACGGGAUAGCGAUGCCGCCCAAUUCUCCGUUCAGAACAGCGAUAAGUGGCGCCAUUUUGAAAUUACAAGAGGAAGGAAAACUGCACAUUUUGAAAACUCGGUGGUGGAAGGAGAAGAGGGGUGGUGGAAAAUGUCGGGAUGAAACUACGAAGACGAGCAGCACGGCCAACGAGCUGGGAUUGGCCAACGUCGGUGGUGUCUUCGUCGUCCUCAUGGGGGGGAUGGGGGUGGCAUGCGUCAUUGCAGUAUGCGAGUUCGUAUGGAAGUCGAGGAAGGUCGCGGUAGAAGAAAGGCAGACUUCUUUGUGCGCUGAAAUGUCCUCUGAGUUUCGACACGUCUUGUGCUGUCGAGGUUCAAAUAAACCGGUAAAAAAAGAGAAGAAAAGAGCUUGUAGCCCCACCACCAUUAUCGAUGACGGUAUCUACCAUCCUCCGGGAUCUUUUACCACCUUUGGAUUCGUCACCAAAGAUCCUCUUGAUUAA